GACAGAUUUAUGCAUUAAAAAGUCUAAUAAUAAUUUAAAAUUCAAAGAAGAAGAAUUCAAACAAUUUAAACGUAAGAUUAAGCGCCUUUAUACGAUCGAUAACCAUCCAAAUAUUAUUAAAUUUUAUGGUGUCUCUAUAGGCAAUAUUGAAACGAAUACUACGAGAACUGUAAAUCCAGAAUUUGAACACAUCCCUAAUGAAGAAUUUUUUAAAGAAUUGGAAAUAUGGACACAAAUAACAAGCUUUGAUUACUCCGAAUUUAAAGAUAAUAAUGAAUUCGAAAAACUUAAACGUGAG